UUCAAAAUAAAGAUAAGCUUUGUAAAGUAACAUUAAUUUAUCGCAUUUAAAUGUUUAUAACUUCAAGAAAAUAACAAUUUCUGAAUUACAACGAUGAGCGGACACAAUGAAGGAUUUGAAUGGGAACUAAGCAAAGAAAAUGUUCUUCCAUUAAAAAGUGGGAGGGAUUGUUCAACUCUGAAUGCUGUGCUUCAACCACACAACCCAGAUCAACAAAGUAAACUAAAAGCAGAAAAACAUGAUUUUGAAUUAGAGCUAAGAACUUAUACUGGUGAUGAUCCUCUUGAUGUCUGGGAUAGGUAUAUAAGAUGGAUCGAAAAGACUUUUCCAUCACGUGGAGUAGGUGGAAAUUUUGCUACCAUUGUUCAAAGAUGUUUGCAACAAUUUAAUGAUGAUAAAAGAUACACAAAUGAUCACAGAUUUAUCAUUUGGUGGAUCAAAUUCGCCAAUCUAUGCGAUCAACCACUGGAAAUUUUUAACUUCAUGUUUGAUAAGGGAUUAGGAGUAGAGCUGUCAUGUUUCUAUGAAGCGUGGACAUAUUGUUUGGAACAAGUUGGAAACUUUAAGAAAGCUGAUGCCAUAUUUCAAGAGGGUUACAAGAGAAUUUGUGAACCUCCUGAUAGACUUCUAGUAAAAUACCAAGAAUUUCAAGUAAGAGCCGCAAGAGGUAAUACAAGUCAACAAGAUGAGGCAAUGGAGGAAGGAGAAGAGCGAUCAGUUUUAGGAGAUUUACGACCAACUGGGAAAAAACAUCAAGUUGGAACCAAAAGAACUGGUUCAAGUAAACAAGCAUCAAAAGGAGGAUUAGGUUUGCGAUCUAUGCCCCUAAAGACACAAAAUAAAAGACCUGAAGUUUUAAAUGAAGAAAAUGUUCAACCGUCACUUGUUCCACAGCAAACAGGAGAGUGGAAAAAUCUACCAUCACGUAAACAAUCAAAUAUAGAGAAUGAACUUCAACCAGGUCCAUGGAAUAAAUCUAAGUUACCUCAACGACCAGGGUUUUCUGGAGCAUUUGGGGAGCCCGAUUUUAAAAUUCAUGUUGAAGAUGAUAAUGCACUGGUGACUCCACGUAAAACUGUUGUUGACGGGCAUGUCUUAAGUGCUAGAAAACCCAAGCAGGCUGAUCCUCUGGCUGCUAUGCGUAAUAAUAAUAGUGAAAGUGGUGUAGAUCAAGUACCAGCUUAUAUGAAAUCAAUGAUUUAUACAGGAAUGGAGGAGUUUUCUUUUGAAGAACUAAGAGCUGCUAAAUAUAUGAAAGAAAAAAAAGAGAAACUGAAAAUAGAAGAAGAAAAACAAAGAAUAGAAGCUGAGAAAAAGCAAUUAGCUAAGAUGAGAGAAGAAUUAGGACAGUAUCAUUUAGCAAUUAGAGAAGAAUUGCAGCAAGAAAGAGCAUUGUUGAUUCGUGAUGUCCAGUCUAAGUUACAGACUGUUAAUAUCAAUGAAAGUGUCAAUCAAUCUGUCAAUCAAUCUGUUAAUCACCCAUCCCAACAAAUCAAUAAUACAGAUAGUAUAUCACAACCUCCACCAGCACCCAAGUGUGUUCCAAAACCUAAACUGUCAUCAAAUGAUAGUCGUGUAAUUACUACACCUGGAAGCUCCGAAAAUACAAGGGAACAGCCAGUAACAAAACAACUAAACUUUGAUGAAAUGACAACUGGACUGACAGAGAACAUUGCCCAGAGUUUACAACAGAGAUAUCAGCCUGAUAUUCGGGCAAUUAAACCUAAUUUAAAUAUGAGCCAUAAUAGCAGUCAGCAGACGCCUAAUUUAUCAUUAAAUUCAACAACCACACAUUCAGCUGGUUCUAGACAGAGAUCAGGUGUUCCAACUCCAGAUAGUGAAGGAAGUUUUUACAAAAAACAGGGUCUUACAGCUCCCUCACCAACUGUUCAUACUAAAGAAGCGUUUCAAGUUGUAAUUGGGAUGUUUAACUGUACAUUACAAAGUGAGGAACAGUUUGGUUGGUCAGAACCAACAGAACAAAUGGAAGGAAUUGAAGAGGCACCAAAAACAGAAGCUCCAUUUCAAGUAUUUGAUGAAAAAGCGGCAAAAGCUGACAGUGCACCAUUCCAAAUAUAUGAUGAAAAGGCAGCGAAAUCAAAUGUGGCAUCUUUCCAAAUAUUUGAUGAAAAUGCCCCCCAAAUUGCCUCAGUUCCAUUUCAAAUAUAUGAUGAGAGUUCAUCAGAAAAUAAUACACCUUCAACUAAUGUUCAACCUAUUAUUGUUGAUAAAGAAAAUAUAGAAUAUGAAGUUCCAUUAGAAACAAAAUUAAAGAAAAAAGGACUGUCAAUAUCCAGUAAAACAAAUCAACCAGUAAAAUCAACUGAAAGUAGAAAAGAAAUACCGACACCUCACAUGUUUGAGAAUUCUGAUAAAAAUGUUUUUGCAUUUGAAGAAAAGAUGGAAGAUCAUGAAAUGGAUUUUACUAUGGCAACUGCUGGUUUCAGUGCCACAGCUCGACUAGCCUCUACACCAUACAAUUUAUCAACCAAUGUUAAUUCAUUGUUUGCUCCACCAUUAAGUACUAUUAAAUGUACGGAUAGACCCAAUAUUACCAUGGAACAGAGUCAACCUAUAGAACCUAGUAAUAAUAGUCAAAAAAUAAACUUGCCACAACAGGAAAAAACAUUUGAUGUUCAUAUGGAUACUCCUAACAAACUUAAACUAAGUCCUAUAAUGGAGGGAAGUACAGAAGGUGGUAGUAGUGAUGAAUCCAAAUCACAGGCUAGUAGUCUAGCUUCUAAGAACUAUAGUCAUCGUUUACCUAGUGUUGAUGAGAGUCAUAGUCUGUGUACUAGUCAUCGGAAUACUAGAAAUACUAGUCAACGAUUACCUAAUGUUAAUCAAAGUCAACAGGAAUUCCAAGGACCACAUAACAGAAAUCUCAAAUUUUCCCUCUCUGAAAGUUCUGUGAAACCACAUAAUAUCUCAGCACAGAGUGCUCAGUCUAACCAACAAAUACCUAUAAAUAACUUAACUCAGGCAUUUAAAGACAGUCAUGUGGUUACUGGUAUAAAUGAUAGUAAACAUUUAGAAAGUGAAAGUAGCAUCAGUGAUCAAAACCAUCUAGACAGUAGUAAAACACAAAACACAAGUCAGCGUCUGCAGAAAGGUGAAGAUAGUCUUCCAUUACCUCCUCCGACAAUGGCACCAGCAACUGACCAGCAUGUGAUAGAUAUUUCCUGUUACAUUCCUCAAGAACCAGAUGAAAAAACGGAAGCCUUAUUAAUGACAUCUGUUCUUAUAAAUCCCACCAAUCCUUUUGAUGAAGAGACGAUUUUGGAUAUUUUAAGUAAAUUAUCAGUUCCGUUAAAGAAAGAUCCAUGCUAUGUAGAUUGUGCUUAUUUACCUGUACCGGAUAUGAGAGCCAAUAACUUUGUUGAUUUAGGUGGGGACACCUAUCAGAUAAAAUCAUGUAUAGGUACCGGUGGAUUUGCUAAAAUCUUUAAAGCUUCACCAAUGUUAAAUGAUUAUCUUGAUAUAACUGAAGAAAUAACAGAAAUAUGUACAGAUGUAGUUUUAAAGGUACAGAAGCCAGUAUGUCGGUGGGAAUUUUAUAUCUGUAAAGAAAUAGAAAAGAGAUUACAACUUUUACAUGAACCUGUUGACGUUGCACCUUCUAUGGUUACAGUUAAAAAGGGUUAUUUUUUUGAUAAUGGUAGUUGUUUACUUCAAGAGUAUUUUUCACAGGGAACGUUAUUGGACUUAGUGAAUGCUAUAAAGAGGAAUGCCAGAUUAAUGACUGACUUGGAGCCUUUUGCUGUAUAUAUUACAGUUGAAAUGUUUCAUAUUAUAGAAAAAUUACACAAAUGUCAAAUUAUACAUGGUGAUAUUAAACCAGAUAAUUUCUUAGUGGAUACAAUUCCUGAUAUCAAAGUAAGUAAAAACAAAGCAGAAGUCUUUGGUAACAAAACCAAAUUCCUGAAAUUAAUUGAUUUUGGACAAAGUAUUGAUAUGGCUAAGUUUCCAGAAGGAACAACAUUUCUAGCUAAAGUUGGAACCAAUGGUUUUAAAUGUAUUGAAAUGCAGACAGAUCAACCAUGGACGUAUCAGACUGAUAUAUUUGGUAUGGUUGGUACAAUACAUGUAUUGAUAUUUGGUAAAUAUAUGAAUGUUUAUCAGAGUAAAGGAAAAUGGCACAUUGCUAAUUCUUUUGUCAGGAAAUGGAAUCAGCCAUUAUGGAAAGAAUUGUUUCAUACUUUACUCAAUAUACCAAGUUGUGAAGAAUUACCAAAUUUAUCAGCUUUAAGAACAAGUUUUGAAGAUUAUUUUAUGUCCGAUUUAGUUGAUAAAUAUAAUGGCCUUGUUUACAAAUUACGAAAUGAAACAUUCAUGAAGAAGUAAAUCUGGUUUUAAUUAUGUUGUGGUGCUAAUCAGUUCAGAAAAAAACAACCCAAAAAAUGCUUCAUUUUUGUAACUAUCAUUAUUUAAAGCCUGAUUGAUUUCCUGCAAAAUUUUAAAAUCAAGUGUCUUUUUAAUUAUUGCUUUUGUUUGAGAUUGUUUAUAUAUAUUUUGAUAAUAUCAUGUUGUUAUUCUAGAUUGAAUUCAUAUAAAAGUUAAAAAUUUUAAAUACUUAUACAUAACAUCUAUAUAUUGAAAGACCCUUUGAAAUCAACUUUACUUUUUCUUGGAGACCACUUUAAUAAGAUUGUCUUUAGAUCUGUGCCCUUGAUUGUCAAACAAUUCCUCAUCUUUAAUUUAUCAUUUAUUUAUAGAAAUACAAACAAUGUCAACUUUUUUUUAUCUGUAUACUAUUAGUCACUUGUUAACAGCUGCUGAAUAAAUGAGGUGUAAUAGCUUCUAGCCGUGUUUGCUAUUAUAACUCAGCUUAGUUUUAUUAUGUAGACUCUUACAGUACUAACAUACACAUUAAUAUAACAAUUUGAUGGAUCUAAUGGAUGUGAGGUGCAAAAGAAUAUGUUACUAUUGGUAUGUUUGACUUAUAGACUGUAUAGUCAUAGUAUAUAAAUUGUGGGAUGUUAUUUGGGGCAUGUCCGACUUAUUAUCGACUGUUGGAUGUUAUAUGGCUAUGUCUUCUUAUAGACUGUAUAGUGUAUAAACUGUCGGAUGUUUUAAUAUGGUAUGGUAUAUAUAAUGUCAGAUGAUAUAUGGAGUAUGUCCGACUUCUUAUAGACUGUAUAGUAUAUAAACUUUCAGGUGUUAUAUGAAGCAUGAAAAAUAAAUUAUGAGGGAUGUGUAAGCCUGGGGAUUUGAGGAUGGUGAGCUCACUAAAAGUGUAGAUGUUGAACUUGUAUUGUACGGUAUUUUUUUUUUUAUUUGGAGUGCUUUCAAUUCAUGGAUGCUACAAUCAUCUGUUUUCAUCUAUCUCUGAAUCCUUAUACUUUAUAUUCAAUAACAAUAUUAUGUACAAACUAUCAUGUAGAAUAAAAUAUGUAUAUUUCAUAA